GAUGUUGCAAAUCUACAAUCGCAAACAUGAUUUCAUACCAUUUUGAUCUGAAAGGACCAUCAUAUGUUAUCGAUUCAGCAUGCAGUUCUAGCCUUUAUGCCUUGGCCGUUGGUUAUGAUUGUAUCAUAUCGGGCAGAUGCGAAGACGCUAUCAUUGGAGCUGCAAACUUAUGUUUUGUUCCCCAAAUAAACCUACUAUUUUCUAGAAUUGGCGUUUUGUCACUCAUCGGUUAUUGCAGACCUUUUGAUGCAGCUGCAAAUGGUUAUUCGCGUGCCGAAACAGUGUCAGUGGUAUACCUUCAAAAAGCGCAGAAUGCGAAGAGGAUUUAUGCUAUAUGCCCGCAUAUUAAAAUAAACAGUGAUGGUUAUAAAGUAGAAGGAAUAACAUUUCCAUCGUCGUUUGUGCAAAGUACUUUACUAACAGAAUUUUACAAUGAAUGCGGAAUACCGACAUCUUGUUUGGAUUACAUGGAGGCACAUGGUACCGCUACCAAAGUUGGCGAUCCCCCAGAAAUUAAUGCUAUCUUUAAUGUAUUUUGUAAGGACAGAGAGACUCCAUUAAUGAUCGGCUCUGUAAAAUCCAAUAUUGGUCAUGCUGAACCUGCUAGCGGUUUCGGUCAAAUCGCUAAGGUAAAACAAAUAACUUCUGUUUUUAUUCAUUAUUAAAAAAUUUGUUUUUAUU